AUGGCCGGGCUGCUCCGCAGGAUUAUCAAGGAAACCCAGCAUUUGCUGGCAGAACCUGUUCCUGGUAUUAAAGCAGAACCAGAUGAAAGCAACGCCCGUUAUUUUCAUGUGGUCAUUGCUGGCCCCCAGGAUUCCCCCUUUGAGGGAGGGACUUUUAAACUUGAACUAUUCCUUCCUGAAGAAUACCCAAUGGCAGCCCCUAAAGUAUGUUUCAUGACCAAAAUAUAUCACCCUAAUGUAGACAAGUUGGGAAGAAUAUGUUUAGAUAUUUUGAAAGAUAAGUGGUCCCCAGCACUGCAGAUCCACACAGUUCUGCUAUCGAUCCAGGCUUUGUUAAGUGCUCCCAAUCCAGAUGAUCCAUUAGCAAAUGAUGUAGCGGAGCAGUGGAAGACCAACGAAGCCCAAGCCAUAGAAACAGCUAGAGCAUGGACUAGGCUAUAUGCCAUGAAUAAUAUUUAAAUCGAUCUGAUCAUCAAGUAUGCACCACUUCUCCUGUUCUGCCAAGACUUCUUCCUUUUUUGUUUGCAUUUAAUGGACACAGUCUUAGAAACAUUACAGAAUAAAAGCCCAGACAUCUUCAGUCCUUUGGUGAGUAAAUGCACAUUAGCAAAUCUAUGUCUUGUCCUGAUUCACUGUUGUAAAGCAUGAGCAGAGGCUAGAAGUAUCAUCUGGAUUGUUGUGAAACGUUUAAAAGCAGUGGCCCCUCUCCUGCUUUUAUUCAUUUUCCCCAUCAUGGUUUAAGUAUAAAGCACUGUGAAUGAAGGUAGUUGUCAGGGUUAGCUGCAGGGGUGUGGGUGUUUUUCUUUAUUUUAUUUUUAUUUUUGAGGAGGGAGGUAGUUUAAUUUUAAUUUUAUGAGCUUCUCCCCCCCCCCCCCUUUUAUGGUGAUCUAAUUAAAUGCAUUGGUUAAAAGCAGCUAACCGGUUCUUUAGAAUAUACCCUCUAGCCAAGUCUAACUUUAUUUAGACGCUGUAGAUGGACAAGCUUGAUUGUUUGAAUGAAAAUAGGAACAUUAAACAAACAUCACAGCCCUCACUAAUAACAUUGUGACUUUGCUGUCAAGUGUAGAAUCCUCCCUUCAAAAAAGAAGCUUGUGACCAUUUUGUAUGGCUUGUCUGGAAACUUCUGUAAAUCUUAUGUUUUAGUAAAAUAUUUUUUGUUAUUCUA